CUCCUGACACCAUGGAGUGAAAGAGCACAUUAUUUGUUUGGUUUCAGAAGCUCAUAUCAUUUGAGUUCCCCCGGAGCGAAAUCUCCAUGUACAUCCUCUACCUAUUCAAACUGAACCCUAAUCCUAAUAAUAUCCUCUCUUCUUUUCUCCAUAGAUAUUUGAAUUUGAAUUGUUGAAUUAAGGCAACAAUGACGACGGAAGCAACAGUAAAAGCAUUUUCGGAUUCGGAUUCAGAUUCCAUGAAGCCCAACUACACUCUUUCCCAAACCCUAAGCGGCCACAAGCGCGCCAUCUCGGCCGUAAAAUUCUCCUCCAAUGGGCGCCUCCUCGCCUCCUCCGCCGCCGACAAGACCCUCCGAACCUAUGGCUUCACGAACUCCGACUCGGACUCCGAGAGCCUGACGCUGUCCCCGAUGCAGCAGUACGAGGGCCACGAGCAGGGCGUUUCCGACCUCGCCUUCUCGUCGGACUCCCGGUUCCUUGUGUCAGCCUCCGACGACAAGACUCUCCGGCUCUGGGACGUGCCGACUGGGUCCCUCAUAAAGACCCUCCACGGGCACACCAACUACGUGUUCUGCGUGAACUUCAACCCGCAGUCCAACAUCAUCGUCUCCGGUUCCUUCGACGAGACCGUUAGGGUUUGGGACGUCAAGUCCGGGAAGUGCCUCAAGGUUCUCCCCGCGCACUCCGACCCUGUCACCGCCGUUGACUUCAACCGCGACGGCUCCCUCAUCGUCUCCAGCAGCUACGACGGCCUCUGCCGAAUCUGGGACGCCUCCACCGGCCACUGUAUGAAGACUCUCAUCGACGACGACAACCCUCCUGUUUCCUUUGUCAAGUUUUCCCCCAACGCCAAGUUCAUUCUCGUUGGCACCUUGGACAACACUCUGAGGCUUUGGAACUAUUCAACUGGGAAGUUUCUAAAGACUUACACCGGUCAUGUUAAUUCAAAAUACUGCAUUUCAUCCACUUUUUCUACAACAAAUGGGAAAUAUAUUGUUGGCGGUUCAGAAGAAAAUUAUAUAUACUUGUGGGAUUUGCAGUCAAGGAAAAUAGUGCAGAAAUUAGAAGGGCAUUCUGAUGCUGUUGUUUCUGUGUCAUGUCACCCUACAGAGAACAUGAUUGCUUCUGGUGCACUUGGCAAUGACAACACUGUGAAGAUCUGGACUCAGCAGAAAGACUGAUUCAAUUUGGAACAGAUGGAUAGUCAAAGUUGAGUUGGGGGUAGGUCACUUGUGAUGAAACCUUAAACUCAUUUUGUAGUUGAGAAACUUUGUACCAUUUCCCAGUUGAGAACACUUUUGAAGUCUGGGAUCGGUUCCACUUUGAGAGAUUGGAACAUGGGUAUGGGAACACAAUAUUUUGAAAAUUUCGUUUUUCAACCCUUGUAUCUUGGCUAGCAGGUUUCGCCAUUUAAUUAAUUAAUGUCAUUAGCCAUUGCUAGAAGUUCCAAAA